AUGUACCAGACCACUCCUUCGGUCUCGAGAUCGCUCAACGGCAUGGGAUCUGAGUUGAUCGCUGGAUCUGGUACAAUCAAUCCUGCCGCCUUGAACUCCUCUGUGUACCUGCUCAAUGCAAAAUACUUAAUCUCAACCUACCCCAGCCGUUCAGGACUGCCACCGUCCUCCAUCGAACCCAGUCCUCGGGGCAUCAAGCGAAGUCGCUCGCCGGACCAGUACGGAGAAUUGGCUGGUGAGGAGGAUGUUGACGACGAAUCAAAGCGCCGGAAGAGAGGUAGGCCACCAAAGACACCACGCACAUCUGGAGAAUUUUCAAGCGUGCUCCGUCCCGAUCACUCUCAGUCGGUCAAAACAACUCCAACUCAAAUUCAAACACCACAAGUCAAGACGGAACCAGCAGUCCGGCCUAUCACUGUUACGCCAUCACAAAGCUCACCGUCUGCACCAUCCAAACAGACGCCUACUAAGUCUGCAGUGAAGGCAUUACCGACCGUCAGAGAUCACACUAGUGACCAGUUAGGCCCGGAGGGCGAUGAAUACGUCCCAAGAGAAUUCGACGAGGCUGGUGAAAAGAAAGUGGAUGAGCUGGGCUAUCCACAAGGUGGACGACUGUUCAAAUGUCGAACAUUUACUGUGCCCGAACGAGGUCAGAAGCUUUUCAUGCUUGCUACAGAAUGUGCACGGGUGCUCAACUAUCGAGACUCGUAUCUCCUGUUCAACAAGAACAGGUCACUUUAUAAGAUUAUUGCGACUCAACCGGAGAAGGAUCAUUUGAUUAGCCAAGAGAUUCUGCCAUACUCUUACAGGUCACGACAGAUCGCCAUCGUCACAGCCAAGUCCAUGUUUCGUCAGUUUGGAAGCCGAGUCAUCGUCAACGGACGAAGAGUUCGUGAUGAUUACUGGGAAAGCAAGGCACGCAAGCAAGGCUUUACUGAAGAUGACCUGGCUGGAGAAAAGCGACCGGGAGGUGCAAAAAGUCGUGAGGCGGCCGCAGCUGAAAGUCAGCUCCACGCACUACCAACUUUUGCUCAGGGCGACAUUGUCUACAGUAAUGGACCGGUCUUUGACGGCCUGCACCCGCAUCAGCUACCGCCCGGCCUGGCAGCUUCACUUGGUCCUCCUCCCAUGAUGAAUAUUGCCACGAGCAAAGACUACAGCAACAUUCCAAGGCCGCGGCAAGAGAUGACUGGUGUGCCGUAUCAGGAGAGAUCUCAGCCGAGUAGCGCGGCGGAGAUCAUGAGUCAGGCUGCACAAAGCGCUGAGUUCAACAAGUCCGUCAACCGGUUGCGAGUCUAUCGUAGUAAAGGUCUCGAGGAGUUCUGGAAUAAACCUCGAGAACUGACUGCCACAACACCACAACCGCAAGCCGCCGAACCAGUCGCUGGUAGUACGACAGCUUCACAACCAUACACCUCUCCACGAUUUUCUGCCAGUGAUGUUCCGUCAAGUCAUCCUCCUAGCUUGAUGCCACAACAAUCACAUCAUCCUACGCCAUCACACACGAAUGCAUCGUCUUAUGCUCUUCAACAAAACGCUGCCCAGUCUCCAGUUCAUCGACAAAGCAGCCUGCAAGCCUCGAUGCGUGAGUCCAGUCAAUACCAACCGCCGCCGGGUCUGCAUCGCUCGUCCUCCAACGUCUCGCUCACUCAUGGACAACAGACAUCGGGUCUCCAGCAGAACCCCUACGGCUACCCUUCGUCUUCUCAUCAACAACAAAUGUGGGGUGGCCCUCCACCACAACCUCAAGCGUCCCCGGGGCUAAACAGACUCCACAACCCACAGUACUCGCCAUCUUUGCAAAAUCAGCAAGGCCAGCAGAUGUCAUCUCCUGUACAAAGCCAUCACGCAAGCCAGAGUCCCCAUCCUCCUCACCAGAUGCAUCCGUCGCAAACGGUCCACCACCAAUCGAGUACAACCAGUCUACCAGGCCAGCAGAUGUAUGCCACUGGUUUACCUGGCAUACAGGGCGGUCAACCUGGCUAUCAAUCGAUGGGAGGUGCAAGACAGAUGUAUCCAGGUAGUCAAAACCAACAGCAAUACAUGCAGCAGCAAAAUCAGCAGAGUCAGACGAGUGGCAUGCAAGGCUGGCCGGCUGUCACUCAGGGACAAGGAGGAGGUUGGAGCGGUUAUUGA